AAAAAUAUGUAAUUAUUUUACUCUAAAAUAUGCUUUACUUUACACUCGUACUCCUGCAACUUGCUAAAAAAAUAUGACUUCUUGAAAAUAUGAUACUUUGUUCUUAUCAUGUUUUUUAAUAGAAAAUAUGCACUUCAAAAAAAUAUGACUCACGAAAAUGCUGGGGGUUUUCCCGAAACCAUAAAAAAAAUUCUCCUCGAAAAUAAAAGGUGUUUUUCCUCCCACGAAAAUAUGCCUGCCUUUAUUCUUGGAAUAUUAAAAUGCAACUUUUUUCUUGUAAACGUUUAAACCGUUUACGCUUAUCGAGGACGUGUGGCGGGAAAAUGACUGCAGUCAUACACGUCCACGCUUCCGAUCCGCUCCCCGCUGACAGCUGUCGUCCGUGUCUGGUUUUCGCGCCUCCCCUCCAGCCCGGAGACGACAAGCUCUAACCCGGCCGAACCCGAAGAAGGUUGGCGUCUGGCAGGAGGGAGCGCCGAGCGUGAGCGAGCGGGGCUACCCUGGCCGUGGCUGAGGCUGUGACAAGAGGGUUUGACGUUUUGACGACGCGAAACGAGCGAACCGCGCGGCGACGUGGCCACCGGGACUCCCACCCCCUCCAAGCCCGUCCACCCGCCUGUCAUGACCGCGUCUGUGUGGGAGCCCAGCAGCCGAGCGAUUCGCCAUCAGCAGCGGUGGGCUAAAUUUGCCGAGGAGGGGAAACGCAUACAAGGUCUCGCUGUCUCGGUGGAGUAUUAUUAGCACCUCAGACGGCGCAACUGGCUCCCUCUCUGGUCAUGUACCACCAGCUUCCACAGCCAAAUCAAUAAAAUAGAGGUAGAUUUUAGACAGAAUCUUAAUUCGAAUCUGGCUCCCAUGCUGGCUGUAAAAAAACUUCCCCUGAUUAUCGUCAGCCAUGCCAGCCACCACCAAAUCCGCCAGGAGACAAACCCCCGCUCAGAGAAAAAAUGGCCAAAAAGUCGCCGGCACCAAACGGCAAACCAGCAACUCAAAUAAAGGCAGGGGACGAGUAUCGGAGCGCCUCCAGAAGGUCACGACUGCCCCCACUAGGAGUGCCAAACCUCAGCCUCGGUCGGGCCGCAGCCCCAGAGGAAGAAGGUUAGGUAGCCGGUCCUCAGGUCAGGGGAGUGUAUCCCCCGGUAGAGUUAACCAUGCCCUAAGUUUAACAGGAUCCACGAGGCUUAGAGGGUUGAGCAAGUUGCCUGACCACUACAGCGAGUUAGAUGCCACCCUCUGGCGGAGAAAAUCCCUGCGGGGGGCGCAGCUGUCAACUGAUUCCUUCUUGCCACCCAAACCGUGCAGGGGCACGAGGAAGACCAGGGGAGGUGCUAACUCCAGAAACCAGCCGUCAAAGACCAGCAAUAACCCGACGGCCGAGGAGGACCUCGAGAAAGCAGACCCCGAAGAACCUUUGCCGGUUUCUUUGAAAACGGAUUUUCAAGGCCCUGCUUGUGUCAAAGGUGCUAAAGAGGGCAGCCCCCUCAAGGCGGACUCGCCGCCGUGCAAUGACACCCUGGAGGACUGUGUGCCGCGAGACAACCACACGAGCAUAAUCGGUGAGGCUGUGACCGAGGUCCCUUCCAAUGAAGACCUCCAACCCAACCUCCGUGACGACGCCCGUCAAGCGAGCCCCGGCGAAUCAGCUGCUACGAGGAUCCCCUCUCCUGUUUCUCAAGGACCGCAAACGUCAUCUUUCACAGGAACCAAACUCAGUCGUGUCAAAGACGACGUCGAUGUGGUCUUGAGAGAGACCGAAAACGCGGUCGACUCGGAGAUAAAUUCGGGCAUACUGGCGGAGAAAACCUCUGACAGUUUGGAUGAGGUCAAGCAAACGACGGCGGACGUUGCCGAGGAGCUGGCUGAUGGUGAGGGACGACCAAAACAGAGCAAUCCUGCUGAGUCCCUCCUCAGUAUUUCAGUUCUAUCGCAACCUCCGGAUAGACCUCAGUCCGUCGAGGGACUGCCAGAACAGUCGCUUGACAAGGUGCUAACUCUCCCAAACGCAGCUACCUCAAAUCCCACCAAAGCCCCCGACGCUUCCGAGUCAUCCCAACUCGAGGUUCUAAGGGAGGACGGGACAGACAUGCAAUCGAUUCUUCAAGGUGCUAAACCUCCGGUCCCAAGUUCCUCAGCUGUACCAGAGACCUCGAUGUCACAACAUACCAUCCCUGUAGCAAGGAAUUUCCCAGUUAUCAUCCGGAGUGACUCUCUGAAAUCAAGAGGCUUCUGGGAGCGACUGCAAAGUCUGGAGAACCCUCCUCUUCCCGCACCGCAAGCCAAAGAUAGGAAGCCCCCUCCAGAACUGCCGGACAACCGGAAUCACGUUGAGACUCCAGCCGAGUGUCAACCGGUCCUUCACGAGGAUCGGGUUGGAGUCGUCGCCGUGCCCGAACUAGACCCGCCGCCAAAGAUCGCGACCCCUUCUCUGGACGGCAGUUCGGCUUUCUCCUGCAGUUCUGAGAGUACGCGCUCCUCCUUCUCUUUGGAAACCGAGUCGGAGUCGGGCUACGGCGAAUCCUCUGUUCCGUCAAUAUCCAAUAAGCAACAGCAACGCAAGGAGAGGCGAAAGCGGAGCAGGUGCGGGAAGUGCGAGCCGUGCCUGAGGACCAUCAGCUGCGGCCGGUGCAGCUGCUGCCUCAACCGCAGCACCGGCCAUCAGAUCUGUAAGCUGAGGAAAUGCGUGGAACUGAAGAGGAGGAGGACGUCCAAGCCGCUCGUUCUCCCUGCCAUACAGGUGGUUCCAGAAAGUGAGUCGUUCAAUGGCAAAGGGGAGGCUCAGAUGGAUGUCCCCCACACGGCGGCAGAGGAGGACGAGGAGGAGGAAGGCCAUGUACGACAUACAAAAACUCCUCCCGUCACCGACGCGCUUCGCCACAACCUGGACCUCGGCAGACGGCCGGCACUUAUUCAGCGAGAGCUCGGGCUGCAGCUGGGCAACAUUGCACUUCAACAACAUGUACGCUCUUCUGUGAAUUUCCUCAACGGUUCCUCAGAAAACCCGACGAAACCUAACGGUGCUAACGUGACCGCCGGGUGUCACACUGACCUGAAGUCUGCAUACCACAGGGCUAUGAUGGCCUCCGAGCCUCCACGGAGCAUAGUCGACAGCAUCCCCUCUCAGAACGGACCCAAGACUUCUCCGUAUGACACGUCGGCCCCACUGAAGAGGAUCAAACUGGAGGAGGAUGAAGAGGCGAUCGCCGCACAUUUUAGUGACCAAGAUGACGUCUGCGAAGACCCUCUGUCCACAUUGGCGGCGGUGGUGUGUCUCUCUGUCACGGAGAGGCGAGGGCUGGAGGAGAAACUCUUCAGCUCACGUCCUUCUGCUUUUCGCCGCAUCAAAACGGAGCCACCAGAUUUGCACUUAAUCAAGAAAGAAUCCGAGGACUUGAGGAGUGACUUACUGAGGACUCCCCAGACUAUCAAAAGUGAACCGCCUUCAAACGACCUGUUACCGAGCGUGCAGUCUUUGGCAGAGAAGAGGAAUCUUAGUUUUGACCAGGCUAUCGCCAUUGAGGCCUUAACUCAACUGGCAGCUAUACCUCAGCGCACACCAGUGUUUAUUGAAGACGAACGCAAUGGCGAACCUCAUGUUUCUGCGGUCACACCGCAAGCGACCUCAACGCAAGAAGCCAAACCAGCAGCGCCAAUCCGCUACAACAAAGUCUCGGUCAUUAGCUCACCGGUUCACCAGACAUCAGUGAUACACCCGCCUGUGGCCAGACAGGGUAAUGUCAUCCAGCGUUGCCAGGGCUCGAGGCCGACUGACUUCACAGGAGACGGUAACGGGGCACCCUGCAGGAGGACGUACCAAGGCUUCGGUUCCCGUGUCAUCAAGUCCGAAUACAACAACUUGCAUCCCGGCAGCGUGCAGCUCGGUAAAGACCGCGAGCGUCACUUUUGGGAGGACCGGGAGAGACCAAAGACGAUGAGGAACCGAGACGAGGAGGAGGUGGCAGCCCAAUUGGCCGACUUGGCCUUCAUCAUCCAGUCCCGUCAGAGCCAGCCGUCCGAGGGCAAUCAUAUGAAGGGGACCCCCGUGUCGGCUAUCAAAUACAACUACCACUCGCAGUUAUCCCCCGGUCAGAAAAAGACCCCCGUAAAGAAAGCGAAAACAACUCCUUCAAAGCCCAGGAAGAAGAAGAUUAACGAGGGACCUCAGGAGGGAAUCAACCGCAGGACCCCUCUCUCAAAACGCAUGGCCAAUGGAGAUGCCUCCCAUCGAAGCAGAGGAAAGAAAACCCCCCUAUCUGGGAAAUCAGGUCUUGCCCAUCGAAGGAAUCUGUUUCUUCCUCAGGCUCAGAUUGACCUGAAGAGAUACCUGGCUGAAGCCCAGGAGGAAGCAAGGCAACUCAUCCAUCACAGCGCGCAGACUCACCACUACAGGACCAACGAUGGCCAACCUUCUGAGAACCAGCUGUUGUCUUAUCUGCACAAUCCACUCCACCGUCACGAUCCUGCCGCAGGACCAGGGCAGGAAAGGUGUUUGUUAACUCAGGUAGCGCAGCUCUACGAAGGGCUGCCACACGGUGCUGAUCCCGGGGCUGCUGACCUCAGCCUCGCCGCCUACCCUGGUCCCGCUAAUGGCCUCUUGGGUGCUCGGCAGUCCCCGCCUCCAAGCCAGCAGAGCUACUACAAGCUGGAGAGGUCGGGGCCUGUCACUAUCUUGUCUACAUCUGCUGAUGGAGACGCGGGCCAGUCGGCGGAGUCGACUCCAUCCAAGCACAGCGUCAACAGCUUCCUGGAGUCGCCCAUGGCUUUUCUGGACACCCCGACAAAGAAUCUGCUCAACACACCCUCCAAAAAGCUGUCUGAUCUUCCUUGCUGUCAAUGUGUGGACCAAAUCAGUGAAAAGGAAGAAGGUCCUUACUACACUCACCUUGGAGCAGGACCCAGUGUUGCAGCCGUGAGGGAACUGAUGGAGACCAGAUAUGGCGCCAAGGGAAAUGCGGUGAGGUUGGAAGUUGUUGUCUACACUGGAAAAGAAGGAAAGAGCUCCCAGGGAUGUCCAAUUGCUAAAUGGGUUGUCCGGCGAGGCAGUGAGGAGGAGAAGCUGCUGUGUUUAGUGCGGCAGCGGCCAGGGCACCACUGUGACACCGCCGUGCUGGUCAUCCUCAUCCUGGCCUGGGAGGGAAUCCCGCGAGCGGUAGCGGACCACCUCUACCAGGAGCUCACAGAAACCCUCUUCAAAUACGGCUCGCCCACCAGCCGACGCUGCGCCCUCAAUGAAGAUCGCACUUGCGCCUGUCAGGGUUUGGACCCGGAUACUUGCGGAGCAUCCUUCUCCUUCGGCUGCUCGUGGAGUAUGUACUUCAAUGGCUGCAAGUUUGCCCGCAGCAAAGUGCCACGCAAAUUCCGCCUGCUUGGUGACUACCGGGAGCAGGAGGAGAAGGUAGAGAAAAACCUCCAGAGUCUUGCCACUGACCUUGCACCACUGUACAAGUGCCUCGCUCCCGAAGCCUUCCAGAACCAGGUGGAACAAGAGGAGAAAGGGGACUCCUGCCGGCUAGGCUGGAGGGAGGGGCGUCCGUUUUCAGGAGUCACGGCUUGCGUGGAUUUUUGUGCGCAUGCUCACAAGGACAACCACAACAUGAAUAACGGCAGCACUGUGGUUUGCACUUUAACAAAGGAAGAUAACCGCGCGGUUCGGAACAUACCGGAAGACGAGCAGCUCCACGUUCUUCCGCUCUACAAGAUCACCGACAGGGAUGAGUUUGGUCGUGUUGAAGGACAGUGGGCCAAGAUCCAAACCGGUGCCCUCCAGGUUCUAUCAUCCUUCCCAAGAGAGGUGCGUCUGCUAGCUGAGCCGGUGAAAUCAGCCCGCAAGAUGAGGCAAGAAGCUCGUUUGAAAGCUCAAGCUGAGAAGUUGGAGAAGAAGCUUGGUUUGAUCCCGCUCACUCCUGCUAAAGUGAAGCGAGAAACCCCGACCAAAGGUGAGCAACAUGCCCUUUACAACAAAAUAUCGCCUCGCCCUGCCAGCGUGGACCGGUGCCAGGCCAGCACUUACAGUCAAAGCACCAGCAACUAUCACCAACAGAGGGACCUCGUGUCCCCCACCCACCACCACCACUCGCCCAGCUUCCCGUUCGGACCAAGCCGCUCGGUCCCGCCGUAUCAGACCACCAACGACGUGGUGAACUGUUACCCCGGCGGCUUCCCGUGUUCUUUUAAACGUGAGCCCGACGAGGCGCUCUCCCCGCCACGGAGACCCUCGACCAGCUGCAGCACCCCUCCAUCCUCCUCCUUCUCCCCUCGACCUACCUCUGAGGGCCUCUACAGCAGGCUGAACGGACUCCACGGCUUCGAAGAGGAAGUGAAGCAGGAGGAGGUGUGGUCGGACAGCGAGCACAACUUCCUGGACCACGACAUCGGCGGCGUGGCGGUGGCGCCAGCGCACGGCUCCAUCCUCAUCGAGUGCGCGCGGCGGGAGCUGCACGCCACCACGCCCAUCCUCAAACCCGACCGCCGCCACCCCACGCGCAUCUCCCUGGUCUUCUACCAGCACAAGUCCCUCAACGAGCCAGGCCACGGGAUGGCCAUGUGGGAUGCCAAGAUGGCCAAGAGGGAGCGGGAGAGGGAGGAGGAGGAGGAAGAGGAGAGGUUGAGGAUGGAGGAAGGCGGGAGUGGACGAGGAAGGCAGAUGGAGGAGGGGGCGGGAUCGGACGGGCAGGCCGCAUGGAAGGCCGGGGACGUCCCCACGCGGCAAACGUGGACGCUACCGAGGGAUGGGGUCAUCACCGUGUCCCCUUACGCCCUCACACAAGUGACGGGUCCUUACAACAGCUGGACAUAGUCAACACACACACACACACACACACACACACACACACACACACACGCACUGUGCUUAUUUAUGCCUUACCUCAAUCAACUUGAGACUGCUUAUCUUGUUUGUUUUUGUUUUUUUUGUUUUUAACUGGUUUUAAUCAUGCUCUUCUGAUACCUGUCUAUCAAAAGCCACUUGAGUAUUUAUUCAAUCUCCUUCAUAUUUACCUUCAAGUCUUUUGACGUGAUGGUCCAACUCUGGCAUACUAGUAGGACAACUACAUGUAAAGUGAAGCAAAUACAAUAAAAUAAUUUAUUUAAAAAAAAAAUCUGUGCACUCGUAGAAUGACUGUAUCUUACUAGUUGUGUUUUUCCCUUCUCGUAUGGUAUUGGCAUAUGAAGCUUAUAAAACCCCUGGAGCAUUAUUUGAUAUACUUCAUAUCCAUCUUAAGGUUUUAGUAAGCCAGAAGUGGGACUCGCAGUGGAAAAAAAACAUUCCUAGUAAGACGCAGUCAUUCUACCAGUAAGGAAAAAAAGAGUACAUGGGUACCUUAAGCUAGUGUACAGUUUUUCCUCACAAAUAAACAUGUAGUCGUGUUACUAGUAUGACAAAGUUGUCCAACUGUUGUGCAGAAAUGUCAUACAGUCACGGAAGGCUGAAUUGUCUUCCAACUUAGCUGGUAGGAAAAAAAAAACAACUACUUGACUAGGAAGACAGUCAUUGUUGGAGAUCGAAUGAAUACUCAAACGGCUCGCCUUUGUGCUCCCUCGUCUUCCUCGGUAGGGAAGACUAAAAUAUUUGGGGCUCCCCCCCUCCCCUUUGUUUUAACUGUGAGUUUUAUGUUUAUAAAAGAGAUGGUGCUUUGAAGCAUUUUAAAAUACGUUUUUUUUUUUCUUUUUUUACUGGUUUUAUAUAUACAGUUUAUAUGGUAUAUAUGUGUACACACGAUAAAGAACAAGAAACGUGAUUAUUUAUUUCUGAUCAUUUCUAUUUAAUUCCCGGUGUUAAGCCUGUUUACUGCAAGAGUCCUAUGAUAACCAGUUGCAUCCGAAUUAGAAUGACAGUGGUACCUUGCUUUCGUUUCCGGUUCAGUGCCAUUCUCACUGUACACACUAUAUCUCAUGCCUCUAUUUUACUACGGAUGAUCUCAUGUAGCAUAAUGGCUUCACACAUCUGCUUCUCUGGUUUCUGUUGUGAAUGAAAGAAAUGAUUUGUUGUCUGGAAGGUUGCUAAGAAGCACUUUUUUUUUCCCCCCAUUUUUUCCUCAAGCCUCACUUGAACACUUGUCCCAAACGUUAGGCCUAAUUAUUUUUGUGUGUCAAUACAUUUUUUUUAAACACUUAGCAUUCAGAGUAAUUUUAAUUUACGUCAACAAAAAAGUGCUUAUUAUGAGCGGCACUUAUUUUAUGUAUGUUCACUUUCUUGGAAAAUUUGAAUUAUUGGAGUUGGGGUGAUAGGAUUUUGGAACCUUUUCUGACUCGCUGUACAUGUUAUUGGUGCUUGUUAAAACCUCUAUUUGUCACAUAGGCCAACAUAUUGCCAAUUUUUUUACUGUAUUUGCAUCCAAAAAUUGGGGUGCAAAGAUACCGAUUUCCACCAUCUUAGCUGAUUUUUUAAAUGUUGGACUUCACUUCAGCUUUUGUUGAUGCCCAUCAUCCAUUUAAAGGAGUUUUUGAGAAUUUCGUAUUUCCUCCACAGCAUCUGACAGAGUCUAAAUAAUGUGAUUUUAUUUCAUUUUAAAAUCCAAAACGUCAUAUUAAGGACUUGAGAGAAAUAGCUGCACAAAUGUCACACAACUUGUGAUGUAACUGUCUUGGUGCUAAUAGGACAAGUUAGUUCACUGACUCAACCUGGUUUUAUACUUAUUACGGAUGGUGCUCUUUCUAAAAUGAAAAUAAAUAAAAAUAUGUUGGGAGUCUACACAAAAGUAGUUUUGAUGCUGUUGUGACACACAUUUGAUCAUGGUGUAUUUUUAAAGUUAAAUGCAAAUCAUAGUCCAGUUCCAAUGUCUUCCGGAACAACAAACACACAAUGAAAUGAAUGUAAUGUUUGGAAUCAGUUGAUUUACCGGUAACCCCAUUUAAAAAAAAACAUGUUGUAUCAGCUCACAUCACAAAAUGACAAGAGAGUUUUUUUCAUCAACCACAAGCUAUCACCAGCAUUAAAAAAACUUGGGGGGGGAAGAAACGUUUUACUAGUUUAAAUGCUGUGUAAAUAUGUAUGUGAACUAUAUUGUUUUUACUGUACUGUGUGUAGACAUGGAUGCUCUUGCUUAUUUUGCAAAAGAAUUACUGUGUGUGGCAAAAAAAUAUAUAAUUAUCCAUUUUAGACUUGAGAAGAGACUAAAUUUUGCAUUUCUUUUCUGGAUGUCUGAUCUCUUUUGGGAUUGUGAAAUAAAGUCAUAUUUAUAUUUUGGACUCAA